AUGGAGUCUGCAAUCAUGACAAGGGCCCCGCAGAUACACCACAAAUUUUGUUUGGUCCAUGUGCGAGCAAAUGUGUUGAAGAAGCACAAGGGCCCCAGUGUGAAGGCCAAAAUCUGGAAGUUGGGGGUCAGUACUCAGGUACGUAAAUUUGACAGAAGAAGUCGAGCACUAUCUGAUGUCAGCCGUGGUGCGAUGCGAAUGCUUGAUAGGAUUACAAAAGAACGUUGGUCGCUAUGCUACGAUGGUGGACUUCGAUGGGGGGUGGCCACAACAAACAUGUCGGAGUGCUACAACAAUGUUUUGCGGGGUGUUAGAGAGUUGCCAAUUAGAGCUUUGGUUGAUUUGACAUUUUGGAGGACGGUGAAAUGGUGGGUGCAGAAGAAGACAACAAUUGAACACACUGAAGGUGAGUUAACCCCGUGGGCGAGGGACAUGCUUGCUAGGAAUGACUCAAAGGGGCGAAAACAUUACAUUACUGUAGUUGACCGAGAUACAGGGAAGUAUCAUGUCCGAACUCGAGGAAGAAUAGAAAAUGGAGUGUCAAAGGGCAACAAUGUACAAAAAGUCAGGUAUCUGGAGUCGACGUGUAGUUGUGGUAAGUGGCAGACGUGGAGAAUUCCUUGUUCACAUGGUUGUGCAGUUGCUAGAGACAGAGGUCACGUCAUGAUUGACCUUAUAGAUAAGUCCUACUACCUAAGUACAUGGAGAUCACAGUACUAUGGUGAAAAUUCAUUUGAUGCACCAAGACACGAAGAUUAUUGGGUUGAACCUCCAUGGAAAUUGUGCAUCACCCCCCAGCAGUUGAUUCCUAGAAGGCGUGGCCGAAUUAGAAGAAGGAGGAUACGUAAUCAAAUGGAUGUCCGCGAGGAAGAUGAACCGAGGGCUCCCCGCCGUUGCAGAAAUUGCGGGAAAGAGGGGCAUGACCGAAGAAAUUGCACAGACGGUGCUGUUCAGUAA